AUGUUUAUUAAUAAUACCUAUUUUUUCAUAUUUACUUAUAAAUUAGAAUAUAAGGCACCUUACGCAGACUCUGCUACUUGUUUAGCUCAACUUACUGUGAAUGCAACAAACAGAUUUAUAUCUUCAUCCGCAAAUAAUCAAUCUAAUUACUUUGAAAUUUUGUUACAAGAGAUUUCUGUAAAAAUACCAAUCAGUCGUAACCGUCUAGCCACAGAUGAACAUUUUCAGUAUGUUCAGAGCAUAUCUGGCACAAAUCUUCAAUUUUCUAUUCAGAUAAUGAACAUAGUAUUAUAUGGCAUUUCUCAAUUUGCCAAGAGUGAUGACGAACUGAGUGCAAAUAAUAGCAUUGCGGUUAACAAUGGGCUAAGAUUUCUUAAUGGAGUUACCGGUGGAUUUUUCAUUAUCUCUCACUCGUAUUUUUUCACUCACUUUUCUUUUGAUGAUGUUAAUAGUAAACCGGAAUUCAGUUUAACAAGUAAAAUCAUCUGGGCUGUUCCAAUAUUUAUAAAUGCGGUUGUGUUUAUAUGUAUUAAAUGCAAGAAAGGAUUUAUUAAAAAUUUCAGACCAGAACAAUAUAUAUUUUUGAUUUUAGCAUUAUAUGACAGUGAUACUUUAUUAAUUAUAAACAAAGUUGAAAGCAUAUUUAAAAAGGAGUUUCAGCUGACAGCUAAGAUUUUGGCGUUUGCUGAUCUUAUUAUUAAAAAUGUUCCAUUAAUAAUUCUUCAGAUUAUUUAUUUCAAAUCAAUUGUAACAUAUAGCAUUGUUCCAUUAUUUGUACUUGUUACAACUAUUUUUAAGAUUAUUCUUGGUAUUAUUCGAUCUAUAAUUGAAAUAUUUGCAGUAAGAUAUAGUGAAGAAAGAAAUCAAAGUACGUUUCAAGAAAACAAGAAUAAGAAAGAUAAAAAUACUCAAAUACAAUUUGAAAAAAUUUAA